CGCAGUUUAUUUAAAGCGCUAAAUUCUAAAAGUGCUGAACGGAUUUUGAAAUUAUAUGAUAAUUUUCAAAUAUUUACCAAUAAAUGUCGAAAAAAGUGUUUUAUAAAAAUUAUAAUUAAUUAAAAUCUAACUUAAUUAACUUUAGUAAAUUAAUAAAAACUUGUGAAACCGAAGCAAGUAGAGCCAGAUAAGCUACAUAUUGAUGUAAUAUUAUAACUACAUAUUAAAAUAAAAUUGAGAACUGUUUGAAUGUAAUCAAACUAUAGCUACCUACCUAUAUCUAGGUUACAAUUUACAUAUCCAUAUGAGGACAUUUCGAUAAUUGACCACAAAAUUAAUUGUCCAUUACAUUGCAUGUGAUUGCACGCAGCUCCAACGCACAGCAGGUCAAACAUUAUUCGCGAACAACAUAACGACCGUACUAACAGCGGCGUAAUUAUCGAAAUCACUCCGUAAUAGACGCACUCGAUGCAACAUCCUGUGCUUUUAAAUUGAACCUAUCACCUUUUGUGCGCAGUCUCUAUUUACACUCAUAACGCGAACGCCUGAAAAACCGCCCGCAAUCAUGCUCGCUCACGUUUUUAUUAUCCUAGUGCUUUCAAAUACAGUUUUGAGCCAAAUAAACGGUGAAUUUUGGUGGUUAAAUAAAAAGGUCGCAGAGUUGCAAAAUAUUGAACCACCACAACCUGUAUUCGAAGAAAUCAGUGAAUUUGAAACUGAUGAAAGUGUGAAAGUAGUGUUCAAAGACAAUGAGCUGAAUUCUGGUGAGAGGACGAGUGUCAAAGAAAGCAAAGAUAGAUUUCAAGUUCAGAACAAAAUAUUACCUUAUAUUGUGUUUAUUGACGAUCCUACAAAAUUAACCAAACAAAAUGUUACUAAAAACAUUUCUGUAAACAAUAACAAUAUUAUGAACAAAGAUAAAGUGACAAAUUUAACAUCGUGGAAAGAAUCUUCUGGUUUUAAAAAUGAAAACAGUAGAGAUGAAUUUAGAUUUAUAUUUCCCGAAGAAUGGGAGGAUAAAAUAAAAAAUUACCCUAAGAGAAAUGAUUCUAAAGAUUCAAAGUUAACAAAUGAGAACAAUAAAAACCAAAAAACUCCUAAAAUUGUUCUAAAUGACAAAAUAUGGUUUGAAGAAGAAAAAAAAGAUGCCGAAACUGAAAGUAUUUGCACGUUUGUUAGUUCACAUGAAUGUUUUUUGCGAAAAGGAUUUGUUCAUAUGCCAAGAUCUUGUCCAAACAAUAUUCCGUCUGAUGCGUGCAAAGUUUGUUGCGUUCUUCCAUUAACUUCAUCAAAAUCUCGAAAGCCUUAUCCUAUUUACAAGCGACAUAAGCGUUCUGAUCCAAGCGAAAUAUUAAGUACUGCUUUAAAGCAAAGAAACGCUUUACUACUACGAGAAUUUAAUUCUAAUGCGCAACAAGCAAAAUUAAUGACUACAACAUUGCGGUCAACACCUGUUCAGAAAAUUUUAACUCCGGGUGAUUAUGUAGAUCCAUAUUGGAAUAUUAAAAAUAGAAAAUUCCGAAGUCCGAACCAACAGUCUGACCAAAAAUAUUCGAAUGGCAAAGAUUACGAAGAGAACUAUGCUGCAGAAUUGCCCAAGCCCGGUCUCGUCGGUCUUUAUUCUGAUCACGAUGAUCGAGUAACUAGUUGGAAAUUAAAAACGGAUAAAGGAUUCUCUUACGGCGGCAUAGAUGAAGAUAGUGAUGAAGAUGACGGAGGUGGAUUUGGUUACUCAACAAUAGAUCCGAGAUUAAAUAAACGUAAGACAACUGCCUCUAAACAAAGGCGACAUCCGCAACGCUUAAUGACUCCAUCAACCAUUGAAGAUGCUAUGAGCACGUCAGAAAGUCAUACAGUUCACUUCCACUCAACCCCAGAUUUUUGCGUAUUGGAAGGGUUUAAACUUGUCAACUUAGCUGAAAAUAAAAAUAGGUUAAAAAAGCCGGCCUCUGUAAACUUUUAUCCAAGUGAGGAAGAGCUAUCGAUUGAAAAUACAUCUCCGUAUAUAACAGCUUCAGAUCUUGAUUACGGCGAUGCUUUUGAUAUAAAUCUGCAAGUGUUUAAAAAUUGCGGUAAGGAGAAAACAAAAGUCGUAAGCGAUGGAGAGAGUCGUUGCGACCCAUGGCUUGCUGUCGUUGUAUUGACGAAGAACCCAGAGAAUAUUUUGUGCUACGCAACCAUUGUGCAUCCACGGGCAGCUGUGACCGCAGCUAGUUGCGUACACGGCAAAGCGACCGGCGAAAUUUCCGCAAUAGCAGGUGUUUGGGAGCUAAAGGAGCGCACACAAUCGCAACAUCGAAUGGCUUCCAUUCACGUUCACCCACAGUUUAGGGCCGACGAUCUUGCGAACGAUCUGGCUAUACUGCACUGGAAGCGGCCCUUACUUCUGCAAUCAAACGUCUCUCCCGCGUGCCUGGCCGAUCCUCAUGUAGGCGACGAGUGUUAUUUCGUCGGCUGGAGCGGCUACGAUCAAGGUUUGAAAAAUCGGCCACAAUGGCAGCAUGCAACUAUACUGACUCCACGCACCUGCAACGAUAAAAUAUCGUCGCCAGAAGUCGAUAUUCCCAUCAAUGCCUUUUGUGCCGCCGUGGAGACGCGUGGGACUGUCACUGGCGUCGGUGGACCGUUACUGUGUAAGGGGGGUGAUCGUGUGUCGGUGGUGGGUGUGGCCGUAUAUCGAGAAGACGUAGUGGUGCUGUUGCCGGCCUUCGACUGGGUCACCAGUGCUUUACGCGAACUACAGAUCAAGUAGUUCCAAGUUUAACUGCCAAAAUUAAAAUCAAUCUAUCUGUAAUCUGUCGAUAAGUUACUUAGCAAUGUCGUUAUUCGUCAAGUCUUUUUGACAAAUAACAGUGUUGCUAUGUAACUAACUUAUAGACAAGUUAAAGUUAGAUUGAGCAUUAAUUUUGGCCGUAAAUCGCCAAGUAAGGAAUUUUAAUGUUCCUGAAAAAUAGUACGAAACCGGCUUUACAUAAGGAAAUCUGUCAAAUAUGUUCCUCAGUUAAACUAUAUUCUAUAGAUUGAAAAAUUAUCGUCGCUAUUUUAAGCUCGAAGUUACGUUAUACAGGUUUAGUUUUUGUAGCGAUUUUAUUAGUGUUCAAUAAAAUAGUUUAUUAUACUUUUA